AAUGUCAAGUCCUAAGCUUCGUAUGAUUACAGUAUUUGUCAUCAAUAUAAAGUUAAACUUAUUAUGCUGAUGUGCAAUGAUUGGCAUCAUUGCGUUUUCUAACUAAUUUGCAUGGUUAUAUAUUUUAUUUAAGCGUGUGGAAUAUUUUACAGAUUGUAGGGAAUUGUAAUUGCAAACUUUUCAUUUUAAUCUUGAGGCAAAGCAUGAAUUUUCCUUGUGUAUUCAUUCAUGUAUAUUUGUGAUUUAUUUACACAGACAUUCGCCAACUCUGUUUUCAAAGGUGCCAAAUUUUCUUGUGAUCGUUUUCGCCAUGCAUUGUUGAGAGACUUGCGGAAGAUGGAUGUUCAACAGCUGUAUCUUCAUCUAGGCUCAAAUGACAUUCUUACGAAUGAAGCGGUGUUUUACCGAGAUGUAGCUGACUUGUGCGAUUUGGUGCAUCAGGAGGCGCACAAUCGGUGUCCAGAAUGCAGGGUUGUUUGCUCCAACGAAGACGCUUUGCUGAGCCACUUCUGCAGUCGCCACAUCAAGCAACCAGAGACUGGAAAAGAGAGUAAAAUUAAGCUGAUAGGCUCACCAAUGAUUGCAUCUGCUAAUCAUGAACUCAACGAAGUCAGCUCAAGGAAGUGGAAGGCAUGCUUGGAAAAUAGAAGUUUCCAUUAUGAAGGAACAUACAAACAUUUCCCACCCACCAUGUGGAUCAAGAUGUUUGGGCUGAUGAUUCUGGGUCGUAUGUGUGGACAAGGUGGUCUUCAUUACAUCAUGAUGCAGCUGUGUAUUCAACAACAUGUUAACCUGUCCCAGCGGAUGUUGAUGCUCUUAAAUGAUGUUGAGAAAAAUCCAGGACCGAUUAGUUAUUAACAGAAGAACAGAACAGUAACAUACUUUUAUUACAUUAACAGAGGCUCUGAUUAGAUGUGUAUCUGCGUAAAGAACUCAUAGAAAAUAUCAAUAUAUAGAUGAAUAAAACAAAAAUAGAGUUAAACAAAUCAUGGUGAAAUCCACAAUACACACCAAGAGCUAUUAGUAGGCUUAUCUCCAUUGACUUAUUUCACAGUAAAUCUCUUUUUUUGCCUUUUCAUUAACAUUUCAAUCAAAAAUAACAUUUGUGAAAAACUUAGUCAAUGAUUAUAACUAAAGUUAAAAAUGUGGACACUGUAAGUUAAUUGACUUUGGCUUCCAAUCUGCAGUUUACAAAGUUGCUUGUUAUAGGAGUAUUCGUGCAAAUGGAUAUCCUGCAAGGAAGACUUCCACUCCAUAGGACAGCAAGAUGCACAUAUCAUCUCUCAUGUGGUUCAAGAGAAAUGCUGUAGAUGGGGAGACUGUACCAAAGUCCUGAGCUUUAAUAGUCUUGAAAUCCAUGAACUUAAACAUCUCUAUGAUGUGAGUUUAGCACUGUGUAUGAACUGGUGUUGCUUCAUUUUCUGCAUAUCUUUAUCUCAGUCUUCUCUAGUUUUGAUGGUCAAAUACAUAUUGUCUGCCAUUUUUUUUCCCCCAAUACUGCCGUUCAUCGUUUGCUUGCAUCAAGAGUUUUAAAAGAAAUUAAAACUCAUUUGUUUAGUUAGAAUCUUAUGAAAGACUUAAAUGGCCAUGUUUAAUACAAUUGUAUAACAACAUAUACGAGCUAAAAAAAUAGUUGGAAUAAUUAAUGUAUAUAUGAACAUAACAAAUUUACUUAAAAUCA